AUGGAUCGUCUACAAGCCGCCAACCCAGUCGUCCCGCCGCAGGCAUCACCAACAGCCCAUUUGAGAAUGACUGUUGAACCUUAUUUAAAUGAAUGCACACCCCUACUGGAUGAUGCAGAUUCCUAUCUGCAGUUCCACAUUGACGAGACGUUGUCGUCAAUGGAACAAAUUUCCAGUCUCCAGCAAGCUAGACGAGCAGCUUCCUAUGCUUGCGUCUUGUUGAAGGAGAAAGAACAAUGUCUCCGCACCUUGUUCGACGAAUGGAAAGAUAUAAUUCGUUCGCUAUCACCUGAAGAUAGCGAAGAGACCGUGCACUCGGAAUAUUCCUCAUUCCAAGCUAUGAGUGUAAACCCAAACGGUCUCAGAGCAACUCUUUCACACGUCAACACAAUCAUCCAUAAACUACAUUUCUUGGAUGAAGACCUCCACGAUCUUGAAGAUCGAAUACGCUCAAACCUUUCCCCCGCACCUAGUCGCCAAUUGCUGCAAUCCCCACAAUUGUCAGCGACUACAACUCAACAAAAAGCUGAACCACCUAUUAUCCAACGCCAACCGUCACAAGUCUCCACAGAUGCAUACGUUCAAUCAACUCAUCUUCCGAAUACUAUCACAGCUCGUCUACCGCAACUUCAAUUGCCAACAUUCGACGGCAAACCAGGUGAGUGGUUUGAAUUCUGGCAACUUUUCGAAGCCACCGUCGAUAUUCAUCCCCUCGCAAAUGUAGAGAAAUUUGCGUACCUAACCAGCUGCUUACGAGGUCAAGCAAAACUCGUAGCAGCAGGCUACCCACGUCGAGCGGAGAGCUAUCGUCCUCUAAUCGAUGCUCUCCAUCAACAGUUCGGCAACCUUGAUGCGCUUGAACGCAGUCUUCAAGUGCAACUGCGUCAAUUGCGUAACCCCACUCAUACUUCGACUGAUCUUAAAGAAUUUCAUAACGAUGUUUCUCGCAUUCUAAAUCAUAUGCGUAUUGCUGACAUCGAUACUGAACAGCGGCAAAUAUUAUUCGAGCUAGAAGAACAUUUGCCUGAAGCAACACGGCUUCUCAUGUAUUCAUCGAAGCGAAAAUGUGUCAAUUAUUCGACUUCUGAUUUCCUUCGAAUUUUGUUAGAAACGGCUCAAAUGCUGGAAGCCGUGCAACCUCUUGCACGCUUCAGCAGCCGCUCUGAACACGCUAAUCAAUCGAUAAUGCCAACUCGCAGAAAUAUACCACAAUUAUCGAUGCGAUCAUUUGCGUCUUCUUCACCAAAUCAAACGGCAUCAUCAAAUAAAUUUCGUCAGCAACGAUUCUCUAAUAUUAAUCAACAACCACCACCAGUAAACUUCAGUCGACAGCAACAGUCCACGAACCUAAUUCGUAACUCCAGACAAACUCCAACUGUACCAUGUGCUUUCUGUAACGCCGCACAUUGGCACAGCGAAUGCCGAUUAUAUUCGACUAUUCAACAACGUAAUAAUCGGGCCCGACAACUAAAUCUUUGCUUCAAGUGUCUUAAGCCUGGACAUACAACUCUAAAUUGUCCUCGUUCAAGAAAUUGUUACUAUUGCCACGGUCCACACAACACUGUCUUAUGCUCUAUGCAAGCAACACAACGGCCAGCAAUAUCUCAUACUCAUCUAGCUGUGGCCGAAACUAUUCCAAAUGCAACNUCUUCUAACAGUGCCGCAGUAACCACUUCUCAACACAACGUUAUUCAUCCAUCUACCGUACUGCUAUUAUGGGGUACAACAAAAACUUAUAAUCCAAUACUGCCUCAAAGCCUAAAAACUACCAGAGUAUUCUUGGACCAAGGCAGCCAAACAACGUUCGUUACGGAACGAUUUGCGAAGUCACUCGGCUUCUCACUAAACAACAAAAAACCUCUUAUCAUCCAUGGAGUUGGCGAUGUCGAUGGCAAUCAAUACAACAGUGCGAAAAUAUUCUUUGGUAUUCGACUAGCAGAUGGAUCAAACCACAUCGUCGAAGCUUCAACUCUUCCAAAAGUUACAGCUAAGUUUCUUCAUGCAUCAAUUACACCAACAGAUUUACCAACACUUUGGAACGAUAUGUCAAGCGAAUUUCCUUUGCCGUUAUACGAAGAUGAACCGGACAUACUCAUUGGCUCCAACUUCGCAUCGGUCAUCGACUUACACGCAAUCAAGCAGCUUCGAUGUGGCUUCACUCUAUACGACUCCACAAUUGGACCAAUCGUUGGUGGCGCUGGAAGAAUCCCCACCAAAUAUCAACACAAAUAUUCGAACCAAGCAAACACUGUUUUGGUUGGUAGCGUUCCAUUCUUUGUGGCGAACAGCGAUACCAACAAUUAUAACAAUAACAAACCUCCAGCAACAUCGAAAGGAAUUAUACCCUCUCCAAACGCGCAAAUUGCAAAAGAAUCGAGCACACCUCCAUCUAUCACAGUUCUAACGCCAGAACAAAUAUCGAAAGCUUCAAUCCCUAUCACCCAAGGC